AUGGAUCUGUCGUACACACUCGACGGCAAACAGGCCCAACUGUCACCAAACGGCGUGCACGUGGCUUCGGUCAGCAAGCACGUGCUCACCAUCCGUCGGGCGGAUGUCAUUGCCAACGCAAUUGCGCAACCGUUUGUUGCGUGUGAUCUUAUAACCUAUAUUGAGUGGUCGCCUGACUCACAGUACGUGUUGUGUGCGAUCACGCUGCGAGGGAAGGUACAG